UUAACCUAACUUAAUCCGUGAACCUGUAUAUUAACCUAAUGCACUGAUAUACACGUUGUUUACUUAAUUCUUGAUACGAUAGUUAAUUAAACUGAAUUAAACCACAUAGCGAUCCACAAACAAUGCCAUUAUUGGUUGCGUCAAAUAAUUUAUAAAAACGAAUAUUGUAUUAAAACGUAUUCAAAAAUGAUAUUUUUUAACAAUGUGCACAGUACUCUUCGUUCGCUUAGUCGUUUAAGAAACCUCCAAACAAUUAGUAUAAAUUUGGAUGUACCGCGAACAUAUUCAAGAUGGUCCAGUCGUAUGCCGACUCGUAUUGUUAACGAAGAUGAACUUUUCGAUGUCGAAGACACUACAGUAAAAACAGAUAAUUAUGAACGAAAACCGAGGAGAAGAAGGCCAUUAAAUGAAGCGUCUAAAAAACCUUCAGUAUCUCAAAAACCUUCUGCAUCUCCAAGUUCUAAAACUAAAGAAAAUGAGAAGAAAUCACCAUUUAUAGUUCUGGAGGAAGGUGAUAGAAUUAUAUCAAAGUUAAUGACGAAUGUUAAGACUCGGAAGAGGAGGGAAAAAAAUGAAGAGAUAAUUUUGGAAGGGCAUAGAUUAAUUAAAGAAGGAAUCGAAGCUGGCGGAAAGCCAACUGCGAUAUUAUUUAAUAAUUCAUCAGACUUAGAUUUAUUGAAUCUACCUAAAGAUGUAAAAUUAUAUAAAGUUCCAUAUAAGACGAUUAAAUUGUGGUCCACCUUAACUACUUCACCUGGAUUAAUAGGAAUUUUUAAAACUCCCGAUUUAAAGAAAGAUCCCAGCAACAAUGCGAUACCGCUUACUAUUAUAUGCGAUAAUGUGAGAGAACCAGGGAAUUUAGGAUCGAUUAUACGAGCUGCAGCAGGUGUCGGAUGUGAAAAAUUAAUAUUAAUGAAAGGUUGCGUCGAUUUAUGGGAACCAAAAGUUCUCAGAUCUGCAGCUGGAGCUCAUUUUCGAGUGCCUAUCGUCGCAUUUCCGAUGUGGGAUGAAAUUCCAUCGCUAAUCGACGUAGAAUCAAAUGUUUUUUUGGCUGAUAGUAAUUUCGGCGAUGAAUUUUUAUCGAAAUAUAGCGAAGAAAUACUCGAAGCAAGUAUGGGAGUAUUUAAUACAGAUCCAGAAAUUCUCAAAGCAAAUAUUAUCAUCAACAAUGAUGACAUAAACGAAAGUACUCCGAUUAAUAAGACAAUACUGAAACAAUUAUUAUUGAAACUACCUAUUGUUCCAUACUACACUCUGGAUUAUACGAAAAAAGAAGUUGUACUUAUUCUAACCGGGGAAACUAUGGGUUUGAGCGUAGACUCGUAUACAUUUCUAAGGGACCGAAAGGGAGUUCGUAUUAAUAUACCUUUAUUAAAUGGAGUUGAUAGUUUAAACGUGGGAGUAGCUCUUGGUAUUGUAACCUUUGAAAUGAAGAGGCAAUUUAUAAAAAAACAAAAUGAACUUCAAUAAAGUUUUUUUCAUAAACAAAUCUA